AUUGAUUUGUGUCGUCAUAACCAAAUGUCACAUGAUCAUGUCCAUUUUCUUUGUUGAUGAUUUUUCAAUUACGUUCUUCAUAUAGGUGUGAAAAACGGACAGUUACCCAGAUAGACAUGUUGAAACAAGAUUGAUGAGGACUUUAAAUAGACGUGUGUAAACUGGUGUAUAACACAUCAGGACGGAAUGGAGGGAAGAGAAGUGAAAACUCUAGUCUUCUUUGACUUAGAAGCUACUGGUUUUACAAAACCACGAAUAACUGAGUUGAGCAUGAUGUCCGUUCAAAGAGAAGAUCUACUAAAAACAGUCGGUACACCAAGAGUUGUCAACAAAGUCACUUUAUGUGUUAAUCCACAGAAGUGUAUGGAACCAGAGGCAUGCAAAAUUACAGGUCUAUAUAAUGACAGUUUAGAAGACCAGACUCCAUUCGAUUCUAGUGUUACUGACACAAUACACAACUUUUUAAAUAGACUACCAUCGCCUGUGUGCUUAUUAGCACACAAUGGUAACAAAUAUGACUAUCCACUUCUCUUGAAAGAAUUGCAACGUUGUGGUAAAAUUUUAUCACCAGAACUUCUUUGUGCUGAUUCCCUCAUUGCAUUUAAAGAUUUGGACGGAUAUGUUCAUCCAGGUGAGAAACCAAAGUCAUUUGAUGGCUCUUCAUCCCAGCCGUCAUCAAGGGUGACAACUCCACUAGACCCACUCUUGCAGACGACAGAUUUGUCUCAGUCUUUAAAUUUAAACAGAAAGACACCUCUAGGUCAGCCUAUUCCUGAGACAGCUUGUUCAAAUAUGAAGGACAAGGUAAGACAGUUAAAACGAAAGAGUGAUGCUAGUUUCGACCGUGGACCAAGUGUUGCUAAGGCUGUUAGAAAACGUUUGUUCCAGUCAGACCCAAUCGAAAUAGCAAGUUUAAAUAAAGAGCUCAAGUCAGAGAGUGGUAAUAGAAACUUUGCUGGAAGCAAACCAUCAACACUUGAAAAACUAGUCAGUGCAAAACGGUUUAAACCAGAAGUUGAAACUGUCAAAAAACGAUUAAAUUUUGACUCAGAUGAGGAUGAUGAUAGUACAGAUUCUAGUCUUAAUUGUAGCACCGAUUAUGAAAUGUUGGAACGCAACAGUGCAAUACCGGUAAAUGGCCAUGCAAUUGAUGAAAAAUCAAAUUUCACAUGUGAUGUUAAUGAAAACGUGAAGCAAGGACCAACUUCAUAUUUUUCCAACCUGGAUUCUCAGGGCAGUUUAAAAGAUGAAGAUCUAGUUGAUGCCAUAGAAGUAGAAAAUAAAGUGCCAACAUUUGGAAUGGAUGGACUUGAAAGUGAAAGCCCAACCCACUGUCCAAAUUUUGUUGAUGUUCCAACAACUAAGGAUGCCAUCUGUGUAACUCCUAAAAAAGCAGAGAUUAUACAGGUAGAUAUUCAGACAACAAAUGAGACAACACCAGUUAAAAAUACUCUACCACUCAAGUCAGAAUUGAAGUACACACCAGUAACUCAAUUAGCUAGAUUUACCGAAAAAGUUCAACUUAACACACCAAAAUCUUCAAGGAUGAAUGAACAGUUAAAACAAUUAAGUGCUGGAUCAUCUGUAAAUGUAGGGAAUCACUUAUCGUCAUCAUUUAGUGCUUUUGUAACGGCUAGUUACAGCAACACAACAACAGUGAAUUCAAGCGCGUUUGGAUUCCCAAAGUGGGUGUCUUAUAGUUUGACAAACAUUUAUAAACGUACCUUUGGUUGUGAACCAGCGAUAUCUCACACGGCAGAAGAUGAUUGUAAAGCGUUAUUACAGUGUGUGAAACGUAAAUCUCCAGACUUUAUACAAUGGGUUGAUAGGAACUCUAUAUUGUUAUCCAAUUUGCAACCGAUGAGUUGAUGAAAUAUUUUGUUAGAUUUUUAGGAAAAUUUUUGUAUUGUUUUAAAUGGUUGAGCCAUAAAAGUUGUUGAUAUUUAUUGUUUUUUAGCUUCAAAUUUUACAUUGUUUGUAUUUUUAUAUGCAUUUUCUAUGAUAAUGUAUAUUUUUUUUUUUAUAAACAAAAUGUACAUGUUGAAUGUCUCAUCAUGGGUUUUUUCUAGACAUAUGGAAGGAAGACAGCUGGUACUUACAUAGAUUUGUCCUGCGAUUGAGCAUUUUAGUGAUUUUGAAGAAAAAAAAUAGAGAUAUUCAUUUAAUAUAAUGUACCAAUAUUAUCUUUAUGUCCUAAAUGUACAUGUAUCCUUCUUCUUUAUCAUUAGAAUCCAUGAUAUCUGUCUCAGAAUGAUAAAGUUAUGGUGCAUUACGGGUUACUGGGGUCCAACUCCCGUCUAUAAAAAUUUGGCAAAGGAAGGGGAUACAUGUUACAAAAUGUAUAUGAAACAACAAAUUCGCAAUGGACAUAAGAAUAUAUACAUUUGCAAGACAAAAAAAAAUAAACAUACACUGUACAUGUACUUCAUUUAUUUUGGGAAAGAUGAAAAUUAUUUUUACUUUUUUUCAAAAUAGACGAAAAACUAGAUGAGCCAUACUAAAUUUUUCUUAUAUAUAUAUACAGUUAAAUUCACACAAAUUAUUAUUAAAUGUUUGUUUUUCAAUGUACGUAAACAUCAUGUACAUGUGUAACAGGAAUUUAGAUUUAAAAUUCAGUUCAAAUUCACUGAAGACCUUUGAUUACUUUUUAAAAUGAUCACUGAAUCUGAAUGUUAACAUACAAAUGUACCAUGUACAUGUAUGUUAUUUAUAAGAAGGAAUAAGUAUUAUCUAUGUUGCAUGGCUACUUUCAAUUUGAAACAGAGGUUUUUAGUGUUUCAGCACAUUUUUUUUACAUUGAGUGACAAGCUUGACCAAAUUUUAUUUGUUUUUGUCUAAGAUCUCUUGUUUGGUUUUCUAUUGUAUAUUUUUUUCACAACACAUCAUUUUAAAAAAACACAUACAAUUAUUACAUUGUCAAGACAUAUUUGAAGAGCACCUUUUCAUGCAUUUAGAGAGUGGAGAGUUUUCCCAAUACAAUGUGCAGUAGUAUUUUAUAUACCAGUUAAUAGUAGUAUGCAUCACAUGCAUUUAUUCCUAAAUUUAUUCAAUUUAUAUCAAAACAGUUUUUUUAAUGACCUAAAAUGGUUUAGCUGUGUUUAAAAAAAAUUAUAUUGAGAGGAAAUUAAUAACAGUUACAUGUACAUACACAAGAGAAACAUCGGACUUGCACUAUUCAUGAGAUUGAACCCCUACAUUGUAUAGAGUUAAUUUUUAUGAAUCACUUGGGCAAUAAAAUAUUUUCAGAUUACAAAAUCCUAGAUUUCAAAUUUAAACAAUUUAGCUUUUUGUUCUUUUUUUUGUGACAAACUAUUGGGCAAGAUUGAACUAUGUUUUCUUAUUUUGUUUAAAAAUUGUUAAGAUCAGCAUAUUUUGUUAGUUAAAGUUGAAAGAGGAGAUAACUACAUAAUUUGUUAAAGUUGAAAAGGGAGAUAACUACAUAACUUGUUAAAGUUGAAAGGGGAGAUAAACAUUACUACAUGAAGUCUCAUUACAGCAAGAUCAGUUGUUGAUUUUUACUUUUAUAAAUAUAUAGUUUAUAUUGAUAUUUGUUACAUCUGUAAAUAUUCAUACUUAUUUAUUAUUUAUAUAUAUUGGUUAGUUUAUAUAUAUUGUUAGAGAUGCUUGUUUGUUAUUAUAGAACUGCAUGAAUUUAGAUGUAAUUUACAUCUUUUAAUGAUAUUUUUAAACUGAAUUUUUUACUCUUUUUAUACUAAUGUUUACACUCAAAUUUCUCUUAACUUUUAAUUAGAUAAAAAUAAUUUAAUUUGGGGGAAUUUUAAUUUAAGUUAUUAUUUUUUUUCUUGAUCAUGUUGAUUGAUAUUCUUUUUCCUUGAAAUUAUAGUAAAGUUAAAACAUUUAUUUAGUUUGCAAAAGAAAAUGAUAAGUUACAGACCAAGUUUUAAGAUUUUUAAAAAAUUCCAAUGUGUUCUGUAAUCUAAUAUAUAUACUAUACUGAUUUGUAAAAAUCAGGACAGUGUUCAUAUUAAAAGAGUGUGAUUUUGCAUUUUCAGUGGCAUUUAAUUUUCUGCAGUUUAUAUGAGGUUGAGAAUGUUCUUUCAUUUAAAGGUAUAAGUUGCAUAUGUAGCAUGCAUGACAGAAAAUUUUAAAGUUUUAAAGUUAAGUUUUAUUUUGAAACUAAAAUAAACAUUUCAAAUUUUUUUAUAAAUACAAUUUUGGAUGCUGAGAAAUAAAUUAAGAUCAAUUGGAGCGACACCACAGUUAGGCAGAACUUAGAGAGAGAAAAAACUUUUUUUUAUAAUAAUCGAUAUUAUAACUGUGUGAAGUUGUUUGACAUUUGAACUUGAACAUUUUUCUGUGUAGUACAUUUAUUUGUACUAUUUUGAACAAUUCAAGUGCUAAUUGGCCUUGAGUGACAUUAUCACAAUAAAAGAUUGUAGUAAACUAGUAUGAAAUACUCUCAUCAAUAUGAUUGUGAGAACAAUAGUCCAAGAAUUGUAAAACUGUGAUAACUUACCAAAUAAAAGUAUUUUCUAAUUA